CGCCCGGGGCUGGCCACCGAGGCAUGAAGGGGAGGCUCCGCGGCGGGGCGGCUGAGGCGGGCCCGGGCCCUGCGCGCCGGCGGACCGGCCGCCCCAUGCGGGCUCCGAGCAUCGCGGCCCCUCGCCGCCGGGAUGGAGGCGCCGGGCUGCUGCCGGCCGCAGCUCCCCGUCCUGCUGCUGUGGGUUAAUGGUCUGAUGACGCUUGGAUUCGCAGGUGCUCGUCAACAGACUAAUCUCUGCAAUGAAUCUCUCAUGUUAGAAAAGUUGCCUGCCUGUGGAAAAUCCUUUGAAGAGAUGAUGAAGAAAGUGGACUCUAAAAAAUGGUGCAACCUGACAGAAUUUAUCAUGUAUUAUGACAACUUUACCCAGUGCACAGAACGUGAAGCCAACAAUGCGAGUUGCUUUUGGCCAAACCCUCUCGCAGAGGGCUUCAUCACUGGAAUUCAUAAACAGUUCUUUUCAAACUGCACGUCAGAGAAGGUUCAUUGGGAAGAUCCACCGGAUGAAAUCCUUGUAACCCUCAUCUUGAUCCCAGUCAUGUUGACGUGUGCCAUGAUAACACUGGUGGUAUGGUGCAGCAAGAGAAGUGAUAUCCUGGUGUAAGUUCUUCCCCUGGGCUUUAUUUUUCUCCAUCUCCUUCCAAAACCACUAAGAAGGAAAGAGAAACUCGACAGAAGGAUUUCAGAUCUGCUGAAAUGGAACCUGUGAGAUGCUGAGAUUGAGACAACGCUCCUGUGAACUAAGAGCUGCCUGCUGCUGCUGCCCAAAGUCACUGCUUCUGAGCUUGGAUACUGGUGUUGCUGGUGCAAAGUUCUCUACUUCCAUCAGGCUUCAUCAUCAUGGAAUUCUCAGGCAGCUCCCAGAAACAGGAGAGUCCCCAGACAAACGGACCCCUUAACUGCAAAAGGGAUAAAGUUACUUUACAUGGGUAAAGCUGGUUGGUAAACUAAGUUUUGCAGAACUGUAUGUAAGUGUCUGUACAUGUGGUGUAACCCUGACAGCGGGGAAGAUGGCAUCUCUGGAGUUCUUGUGUAGGACACUGGAGGUUUUCAUCUGUGAACCCUGUGGCUCGGACAGAUCACUGGCAAAGGAAGUGAACAUGGAUGUAACCAAGUGGCAGCUUUUCCUGGAAGCCAGUCAAAACCAUCAUUAUCAAGAACUGGAAGUAUUGUUCUGGCAAAGGAACAAUUUAUGUGUCCAGUGACUAUGAGCAUGGGGAAGUUAUCAUGCCACUUUCACAACAAGUCAUAAAAUGCCUUUAAGCAUGGCUACUUGGAAUUGUAUGGCUUACAAACGAGAUCUGGGAAGAUCUACAAGAAGUCUUCUUUUACAGAGCUGAAAAACGGAAAAUCAGCUGAUUAUAAAUAUACUAAGGAAUAAUGAAGAAACUUUCCUAUGCCAGACUCUGUUUUUCCUCUUUUAUAGUGAUUAUUCUUGAUGACUUGUGUUCACUGUAUAUUCCCUGCUCUCACUUCACUCUGUGCAAGAGAGAUCCUACAAAUCAAUGUAAAGGCAUCAUGUUGCUUGAGGUGCCUUUUGGAGUGUAAUUUUGUACAUAAAUCAUUCUUCAUCCCGUGAAGAGUGGGGAGCUAAAGCAUGAACAUCAAACAGGAACAGACAGAGGAGGAAAGAGAAAAACUUCUACUCAGAAUUCUUACGCUAUAAAGCUAUUCCUGUGUAACAGUUGAAAUAAAGAUUAUAUGCCCAAAAUAAACCAA